ACAGUCAACCACGCCUAUCAACAUCCAUGGUCGUAAUUAUUCCGUCUCCUCUUCAAUCUUCAAACACCCAAAUUAUAAUUUAUUCUCUGAAAUCUGCAAACUGAUAAAAUUUUAUUCAUUAGAAAGUUCUUAACAGAGCAAUUUGCAAUACUGUAAUUUUAAAAAAUGGAAGGUUUUAACCUCCUAUGCAUGGCAAAACCGUAAUAACAAAUAAUCCACAUAAAAGUAAAAAGCACUUCUGUUUACUUUUUCCUGCAGCGGAUUGGAUGGUUAUGGCAUGCAGAGACAACAUAGCUGUAUGCUUAUUGUACACCCUACAGCUCAGCACAGAGCCAGAGGAGAUUGGAAGUUACAACUGAAUGAGAGAGGGAUGAGUUGAAUUUGUUUCAAUGGAGGAUUCAAGUAAUGAUCGGGCAUUGAGAGGCCCCGGGGACGCCGAAGCUGAGCAAUCUGGACAGUGUAAUAAUACUUCAUCUGAAGCCACCAAUAGCCCACACAAUAGAGAAAGGUCUCAAGCAUUUUGUGAAGAUACUGCAAACAAGACUAUUGAAUUUCUACGAGCAAGAUUACUUGCUGAAAGGGCAACAUCCAGAGCUGCAAAGGAAGCUGCUGAGAAAAAUGCCAAGAGGUUGAUGGAGCUGGAAAGAAUGCUUGAAAUUGAGACUGAGCGAAAAAAGAAAGCUGAAGAAGACAUGCAUAAGGUAAUAGAAAAACUAAGAAUUGCGCGUCUUUCUUCUGCUUCCAACCACUCUGACUCAGAUCAGACCGGAAUAGAGAAUCAAGGGAUAAAAGAAGAGACAGAGGAACCAGAAGGUGGCUCUAGCUUAAACUCGAUCGGAAUUGCAGCUAUAAAAGAAAAGGAAGAAAUCAUAGAAGUUGAUGUGAAAAAUAAUAGACUACAGGAGAAUGAUCAUUCAUCUGCAAGCUCGGCUCUAUCUGUGGAACAGAGGAAGGAAGAAUCAAAUGAUUUUACCAAUCAAAAUGCUAAAGCCCAGGAUCAUGACCAGAACAAGGAAUCCAGUCAAGAUCAAGUGUCAAGCCAGAGUGAAACUGAAAGCAAAGAUGAUGGCAUUGUCCUAUCAUCUCCAUCACAGAAUCUAGAUGUUGAAGAUCAAAUGCCAAACCAGAGUAACAUGGAGAAUAAUGGCACAGUGUUAUCACCUCCAUCUUUGCAGAGUGAAGAUAUUCAAGAUCAAAUGUCAGAGCAGAGCGAAACCAAAGAUAAUUGCAUUAUUUUAUCAUCUCCUUCAUUGAUUAGCCAUAAUGCUUUGACAGAAAGUUGCAUGCCUCUAAUGAAGGAUGAUCUAAAUGGAAAGGGCGACGUGUUUCAAGGUCCUCUGGCUCCUGAAAACUUUACCAAUAGAAGCGCUGCCACGAAUCCAAGACCAAAACCUGAGGAUAAAAGCACAGGACUAUUUGAACAAAUGAGGAACGUGGUGACACCAGUGGCAGGCCAAGAUCAAAAGGAAUUUCUCAGAUUGAAGCUCCAUGAAUUGGUGGAUCAAAUUGUUUCUGCAAGUGAGAAAGAAAUACAUAAAUAUGAAAAUUCUAGUCUACAGACAUUUGAUAUUUCUCCAGAAUUUUCAGCAUUGGAAAGUUCAUAUGUUCAGAAAACCAGGAAUGAUAGAAGCAGCAAAGGUAGCAAUUUUCAAUUAGAAGUUCCUUCUAAAGCACCUAAUAGGGUUAAUAGUUUGGAAGAAGAUAAACUCUCUGGUUUUAGAAUCCAGAAUGAGAGGGCACCUGCCUCAUCCAUGAGGAUGAUAAGGAGCAAGAGGCAUGAAAAUGCUAAUGGAAAUGGCACACAUUGCUCUGCUGUAAGGGGUAAUUUAUGCACGUGCCAACAUUCGGAUUUCUCUGAUACCUUUCUGCCUGUGAAAGAGGAAUUAUGCGGCCAUAAUCACUUUCAGAAUACAAUUCCCAUAAACAUCAGUCGGAGACAAGCAUCAGGUAUGCAAGCAUGUCUAGAAAACGAAAAAGCAAUUGAACUGCAUUGCCAAUGCAGAAGUUUCUCUGAAGUGCACAGAGAUAAUUGCGGUAAGGAAAUUCAAUAUACAAUGCGGUGUUCAAUGGGUACUACUACUACUCAAAAUGGAUCGUAUCAUGAUCAUGAAAAAACAAUGCGUGUCAGGAGAAGCUCUAAUGACAUUCAAGCAGCAGGCUGUACGGAACUGGGCAACUCCUUAGAGUUGUCAAGAGAUACAAAAUCAGAUGGGUUUACUUGUAUGCCUAGGCAACAUGAUUUGGACAGCUCCCACAGUAACAGUUAUCUCAUGAAGAGAGAGAUCCCAGAAUCAAGAUUUACCCAGAGGAAGCAAGUUCGGCCUAGCUGGGUUGGACCUUCAUCAAUGAGAAAUGGCCACAAAUAUCUUCCUUUACAAGUGUCAGACAGUUGUAAUGACAUGCCUGGUUCUAAUAAGAAUGCAGGAGACACUGAAAUUUACCCGGACUACAAAUUUUCUCCUAUGCUCUCCGUGCAGUGGCCUUCAAGAGGGUCACCGUUGGCUGAUAAUCAAUUGCCAAUGUUGCCAGGUUCAAGAGUUGGAGAUGCUCUGAUGGCAUUGAGAGAGGCAAAAGAGCAAAUACAAAGCUCCAUUGAAACAAGACAAAAGUUAAAAACACAUGUAGGUAUGUCCUCGCCAAAUGGCCAAAAUUCUUGUAGAAAACUAGUCCUUCGGUAGGAUUGUAUGGCAACCCUCCAGUGGGCAUUAAUUGUUGACCUCUGUGUAGCUCACCCUACGAGCUACUUUGCAGUGAUUUUUUAGGGCAAGGCCCUAUGCAACUCAGCCUAUUUUGUAUCUAUAUUGUCUAGUAGUUUAUUCACCAUAUUUUCAAGUAGGUUUUUUUUUUUUUUCGGUUAUUUAUUUUUUUAAUUGUAAAAAUUGAAAAUAAGAUGAGAAAUGUAAUAAGGAGGGAAGGCAAUGUGUAGUUACGUGACAUGUUUAUCAUUAUAAUUCAGUGUUUUCAUUUUCUAA